GAGACUUUAGCAGGUCUACUGAACGACGCCGUAUUUGCAAUGACGGACUCUUCUUCUCCCCGUUGCACCUUCCGCCAAGCUUCGCUUCUCAACAUCAGGAUUUCCUAUCCGGUCAUCAUUUCCGCGUAAUUUUCAUCGCUUUUUUAAGUUGUUUAUGGUGGCGAUGGCGACAGUCCCUCCCUCCAUCGAUAAUCCUCGUUGGAACCUUAGAGAGGGGAGUGAAGACGGUUUUGAACUUCCAACUAAACAUCGACAUUUAGCAUCAAGUGUCUUCAAGGGGAUGAAUUAUGGCCGUGGUACACAAGAGUCUGUGCAUUACUUGGAGCCAAUCAUUAGAAAAUGGGUGAAAGAGGCUGUGGAGUGCGCAUUUGACCCAUUUACAAGGUCGUCUUAUGGUCAAAUUGAGUGCUCGAGAUCAAGAACUCUGCAGCUUCAGUUCGACAGUACAUUGGCACCCACCCUGUUCACAGGCAGCAGGGUUUUAUCCAGGGACAGAUGUCCCAUAAAAGUUGUCCUGUAUGAUUCUACUUCUAACAAAGUAGUAUCGUCUGGUCCCCUAUCUUCAAUCAAAGUGUCUGUUGUUGUGAUAGAUGGUGAUUUUGAAACUGAUGAUAGGGAGGACUGGACGGUAAAUGAGUUUGAGAGAAAAAUAGUUAAGAACAGAGAUGGGAAAAGACCUCUGGUGACUGGAGAGUUGACAGUUGCCUUGCAGAACGGAGUUGGUCAUAUUGGCAACAUAGUCUUUACUGAUAACUCAAGCUGGAUCCGAAGUGGAAAAUUUAGGUUGGGAGUAAAAGUCACUAAUUCUGAUGAAACAGUAAUUAGAGAAGCAAGGAGUAACGCUUUCAAAGUUAAGGAUCACCGUGGAGAGUCUUACCAGAAGCAUUAUCCUCCAUUGUUGCAUGAUGAGGUGUGGAGAUUGGAGAAGAUAGCAAAAGAGGGUGCAUCUCAUAGAAAGCUAACCGAGAAUGGGAUAAAAAACGUUGGAGAUUUCUUGCGUCGCUACAUGACCCAUAACUUGGCACUACGCUCUAUACUUCAUCAUAUCUCGAAUAAGUCAUGGGACUCAAUUAUCGCGCAUGCUAUGACAUGUAAGUUAGAGGAGAAGAUGUACUUGUUCAGGACCGCCCAAGGGUCUGGGCUGUUGUUCAACUCUAUAUAUAAGGUUGUCAGUGUGACUUUUGAUGGACAAAUUUACCAUUCCGUGGAUAGACUCGACACAUAUCAGAAGAGGAUCUUGGAAGAUCUGAAGCAGUGUGCUUAUCAAAACUUCCAGGAUUGGGUGUUAGUUUGCGAACCUUCAAUUGUUCCUGCUGCUGACACUUUCGCCAAUUCUAACUUGCCUCUCCCAGGUGUCACUUUCCAGGAACAAGAUAAACACGGAAUUAAAGAAACAAACACUAGUGAUCAUACACCUUCACCACCUACUUAUAGAGCUGUAGAGGAGCAAGAUUACUGUGGCUUCAUGCUGGGAGGAAGUUCCAACACUGUCCAUGGCUUUAAUCCCACAUUUAGGGACAGUUUUGGGAUAAUUGCUGCUUCUCCAGGGGGUUUCUUUAUCGAAGGGAAUGAUAAUAAUAAUAGUAAUCAGUACUCAUGGGGUCCCGAAGGAGGGAAUGGCAUGGGGCCACAGCUCUUGUCUGAUGAUCUACCAAUAGAGGAGGAGGAGGAUUCAUUUCAGGUCAAGUCAUUUUGGCAAGCUGGGAACGAAGUAUUUAUUGAUCCCGGCAGCACAUUUUGUUCUAACACUGGAAUCCUUAACCCCAGCACUUGCAGGCCCAAAAGGAAUUGGUGCAAGGUUCUUGCUGUGGUCAAGUGGCGGAUACUGGCCAGGCGUAGAAAAUGGCAAUGCUACUACAACUGAACUAAUCGCCAGAAAGUAAGGUCAUUGUCAAAUAUCCAGUACAAGGCAGGGCAACACAGGGCAAGUUCUUUUUUACAACAUCAAAAAAAUCAUGACAAAUUAAAUAGGUUAGGCAUUGUAAAUAUUGUUGGUUUGUUGAUUUUAUUUAUUUGCACGCCAAACUUCUGUUUAGGGUUUUUUUUUUUUUUUUUUUAAUGACGUGCCGCAAACUUGGCUGGCAAGGUAAAAUCAAGUGGCAUUGAGGGCUUUUGAACCCAUGGGCCAAUUGUUUUUCUCUUUUUUUUUUUUUUUGAUCGGAAUGUGUAAGUUAGAUUGAUAGUUUUGGUUUGAUGAUCCGACACUGAGUGAAGAUUCGGCUGUCCUUCCGGGAGGAAUUAAGGCGACUCGAUCGGCAGGCCGACAAACAAGUAGUUAGUUAGGUAGAUGUCUUUGUUGUAAAUUAAAGCAUCCUUCCUGGUCGGUGUUUCAAAGAAAAUAAAGUUUACUAUUGGGCUUAUGUUCUUUCAUUUGUAAUUUGUUCAAACCAAAUCAAUUGGUUUUGUGCGUAUUAUUAUGCAUGUUUAUUGGAAAUUAUAGGGUGAUAACGAAGAAAUUGGAUAGGAAGAUGAGUGAGGAAGAUUUCUUCCUCCAAAGCGAAGUACGGCCGGUAGAGUUCUGGUGUAUCUGUGUUACUCCCAAAGCUAAAACGGUUCAUAUCUUCUCGAAGCAGCACUACUAAUAAGAGAUCUAGCGAACAAGAAAAUAGUUGGAUAAUCGGCAAAGAGGAGAAUGUUUGGAUGAUAGAGUGUAGGUGGGUCUAAGAUUCAACGUUUAUUUAUAGGUCUCUAUUCA